AUGAGUUCUUCAAAAAAACACUCUGAGAAUAACACAGAUAUCCAUUUGCCUUUGCAAGAAAUACAUUUCAAAAGCCAUGAGUGGUUUGGUGAUUUUAUAACAAAACAUGAAAUCCCAAGAAAAGCCUUGCAUUCUUCAAUAGGACUGAUCACAUUAUAUUUAUACACGCAAGGAUAUGACUACAAAAAGGUUGCGGCACCCCUAACGGUUGCCUUCAUUAGUAUAUUUAUAUUAGACCUGAUUAGGCUACGUGUUCAUUGGUUUAAUUAUCUGUAUUGUCAUACUGUUGGUGCAUUAAUGAGAAAAAAGGAAAUUAAUAGUUACAACGGUGUUUUAUGGUAUAUAUUAGGAUUAAUUUUUUCAUUCAGCUUUUUCCCUAAAGAUGUUGCUUUGAUCUCAUUGUUUUUACUAAGUUGGUCAGAUACUGCUGCUUCCACUUUUGGAAGGAAAUAUGGAUAUUUGACUCCUAAAUUGACAAAAAAUAAAUCCUUGGCUGGUUCAUUUGCUGCUUUUGUUGUUGGAGUCAUUACUACUGCUACUUUUUAUGGGUAUUUUGUUCCACAUUAUAACCAUGUAAAUAAACCUGGUGAAAUUAGUUGGAAUCCAAGGGUUAGUUGUUUAAAUUUACCUUCUCUUAGCGUACUAGGGGGGUUUGUUGCUGCAUUAAGUGAAGGCAUUGAUUUAUUUAAUUGGGACGACAACUUCACCAUUCCAUUUUUAUCUUCGAUUUUCAUGUAUUAUGUUGUUAAAUUGUAA